UUCAGUUGUCUGCGCUUCUCUCAAGAAAUUGGUGCGAUCGGAGAAUACGAAGGCAGGCGAGUCGGGCGAGAGAGAAUAUAUUUACGUGCAAGUAGUACGUGUAUUGUAUCCAUCAGUGUAGUAAAACGCGCGACGAGAUAUGUCACGCGUGGCGAUCAAGACGAUCAAUUGGGCGGCGCUUGCCCAAAAAAUUCCAGAAACGGAAAAAACUGCAUACGCCGCUUUAAAAUCUAAAUCUGAUCAGUAUUUGCGACGACUGAAUGAGAAUCCAGAAGCUCCUCCAAAAAUCGAUUGGGUGUACUAUAAGAAAAUUAUUCCAAUAGUUGGAUUAGUCGAUAAGUUUCAAAAGGAAUAUGAGGCUCUCAAAGUGCCGUAUCCAGUGGAUAAAUAUACUUCUGAAAUUGAAGUUGAAGAAAAGAAAGUGCAUAUAAAAAUCGAAGAAUUUAUCACUGAGUCAAAUCAACGCAUCGCUGCUGCCAGUAAGGAAAUCAAUAGAGUAAAGAAUUUAUUGCCAUUCGAUGAAAUGACGAUGGAAGAUUUUCGUGAUGCCUAUCCGGAUCUGGCUAUAAAUGUUAAUAAACCAUCAAUUUGGCCGCAUACACCCGAUGUACAGCCAGAGAACGAUCCAGGAAAACGACCAGACGAAUACUACUAAUACUACUUUGUAAUGCGUUCAAAUAUGAAGCGUAGUCAUUUUUUAGCGUAUGAUUUUGGACUGCGUGCUAAGUUAGAAAAAAUUAUCU